CAACAUGAAUCAGCUUCAAUGGUGACAAGGCGUCUUUGUGCACUUUCCUCCUCUAUCUGUGUUCACUGCCAAAGCAAAGUAAAAAAAAGUUCAAAAGCAAAAAACACAAGUUCAUCCCAACUACUAUUUCUAAAACAAUAAAUAAAUCUAUCCUUUUCCUCCAUCUCCUUGUGCGAGAGAAAUUUCAAAUUCUUUAGAUUUAAUCUGAUCAGAAAUUCGUGGGGCUUGAAAUUCGAGUCUCUUAGUUGUAAUUUUUUUUAGAUUUAUUUUAGGGCUGACAUCAUGGAGAUAGAGGUAGCUGGCUCUAGCAGCGAAUCUUGCCAAGCUGGGGAGAUGACGAGAAAAGCUGUGGAAGAGAAAGAUCAGGUUCGUGUUACGAGAAAGACUUUGCAAGCUGUGCUGGAACAGUGUCAAAGAGCUAUCGAAUUGAUUAGUAACAGCGAAGGAGGAAUCGACGAUGACGAUGGUGAAGCUGAAGCUGAAGAUAAAGAUGACGUGGACCAUCAAGGGGAAGUCAGCGGCGUCGGUCUUCAAAGAGAUCAAGAAGUCGAUGAGUUAUGUGAUCUUCUGAAAUCUAGAGUUCAAUGCUCUGAUUUCCUAGAAAAGCUAGCUUGUGCUCAGGUGCCUGUUCCAGAAAACAUUUCAGAAGGUAGUUCGUGGGACAUGGUCAAUGAAAAUGAUCUCUGGGAAGAUAAAAAUAUUGAUUUGGAUCAAGAAGAUUAUGUUCUUGUUAGGCAGGAGGAUAUAGUAGAAGGAAUUGCAUGUUUUAUGGCUGCAUAUUUGCUAUCCCUUAAACAAACUAAGGAUUUGACCCCUAAUCAACUUCAGGAAGCGCUGAGCAAGACCCUCUCAGUAAAGAAGAAAAGGGGGAAGCUCCGAAAAGCUUGGGACGGAAGCAAAGUCAUUUAUAAUGUGGCAUCCUGGGGAGCUACUGCAAUUGGGAUAUACCAAAACCCUCUACUUCUAAGAGCUGCAUCGAAGGCCUUCUGGGUUUCUUGUAAUGUCAUAUCAAAGCUUCUCUGAUUUCCUUGCAGUACCUGGAGAACAAAGAAUUUCUGAUUGCAGUUCAAAUUCAUUGGCAUCUCAAUUCCUGAACAAAUGCCAAUUCCACUACAUCCCCUUUAGAUGUGGGAGAGUGAUCAACUAAGCCGAUCUUUGUGGCCCCCGUCUCAUCAUUAUUAGUUUUGUUUGCUCCCCAUUAAGAUCACUGUUCAUAUUGUAUGCUGAAAGAGUAGUGUUUAUUUGGAACUUAUUUCCAAAAUCAAUCAUGUUUGAGAAUCGUGGCGUGAAAGCAACAUGUUCUUCCACAAAUUCAUUGCUUUUCUUAAUUUUCUAUUUUCUUCCUUUGUGUUCUGCAUUAUUAAUAAUAAUAACAAUAAUAAUAAAUUCGACAUUAUCGUUCA